ACUCUUAUUCCCGUAUUUUGCCUAUGCUAACACUCUGUAUACUCAGGUACAAAUACUUCUCUUUCUUUCCCAUUAAGCUUGCAGCUCCUUGGGAGAUCCUAAUAUACUACCUAGUGUAUAGUUACUCCUUAAUAAAUGUUUCUGAAUUAAUAAUUGAACGAAUGCAUAAAAACACAUUAGAGACAGAAAACAGAGAACACAUCAGAUGGAAUAUUUCCAAUUAAAUUGUCAUAUUUGAAGUUCAAAACUAGCUUAACUUAAACAUUCCAGCUUUCACAGAUUACCUUGUUAAUUACUCUCUUUAGAGAUUUGUUUUUCUUUUGGAGUUUCCUGGUGGUCCAUUGGUUACGACUCACCACUUUCACUGCUAUGGCCCAGGUUCAAUCCCUGGUCUGGUAAUCAUAUUUUGGUAGACCAAGAUAUAUGUUUACUGUUUGAGGCAUUUGUCUUAUUUUAUUCUGGAUAAUUGUCUUGGAUGUUCUGGAUAAUUUUCUCUGGGAUAACUCAGUUUUGUCCCCAAUUUACUAAUAUAUCACAAACUUUAAUAUGUAAAUGACAAUGCUGCAAUCCUUUAUUGACUUUUCUGGGUGAUCUCUCUUGUGUUCAGUAGAAAGAUAGUUACUAGUUUCCCACAGAAGCUAGAUAACUCUCCUAAGGCUACUACUUUUAACUAGUUUGAUUCGUGAUCUUACAUUACAAGAGGUCAUGGUCAGUGAGAUAAACCUAUAAGCCAAAUAUUAAGCAACUCCUUUUCAGUAGCCAGUAAUCAAAUUUCAAAGCCCAAACUAUGAAAACUUAGUGUUCACCCAUUAGUUAUAUAAAGUAGUCUAAUAAAAAGGCAUAAUAUUGACUCCUAGAAUGAACCACCCCUUGUAUAAUUAUAUGGGACUAUAAAAGUGGGUGCAACCUAUUUACUGUGUAAGAAAAGGAUCAGCUCUCUACUUAGAUAUCUAUGCGUGUGUAACAUCAGAAACAGGAUGUCAAUCUCCAUGAAUAAAGCAGAACUGCCUUAUAAGAAAUCCUAAAGGAAGUCCUUUUGAUUGAAAGGAAAUGAUACGGGAUAAUAACUCAAAUCUACAGGAAAAAAUAAGAAGCACUGGAUAUGGUGCCUGCGCCCGUGGAGAGCAGCUGCAGCAGGUGGCGUCCGGGGUGUGGUCAAUGAGGAGUAGCCUGAGGAAGAUGCUGCGCCCGGGGGAGAAGAAAGAACCCCCGGGCGUUGUCUACCAGGGCGUGGAGGACGACAUGGAAGACUCCAAGGACUCCUUUAAGGUGGUUUUUGAGGAAAGUGCAUGUGGUUUACAAAACUUUUUGAAGAAACGAAAGAGACUUAAAAAAUAUGAUGAUGUGAACGCCUCCCCUUUGCAUCACGCUGCAGAAGAAGGUCAAGUGGGGCUGAUGGAGAUGAUUGUCAGUGACUCCUCCUGUGAAGUACUCAAUGCGAUGGAUGAUUAUGGAAAUACCCCUCUGCAUUGGGCUGCAGAGAAAAACCAAGUUGAAAGCAUUAAGUUUCUUCUUCGCAAAGGAGCUAAUCCAAACCUCCGAAACUGCAACAUGAUGGCGCCCCUGCACGUGGCUGUGCAGCGCUUGAACAACGAGGUGAUGAAGGUCUUGAUUGAGCACAGCGGUACGGAUAUUAAUCUGGAAGGAGAAAAUGGCAAUACAGCUCUGAUAAUCGCGUGUUUCACGGAUAAUAGUGAAGCAGUGGAGCUUUUGUUAAAUAAAGGAGCCAAGCCAUGUAAAUCAAAUAAGUGGGGAUGCUUCCCGAUUCACCAGGCUGCAUUCUCAGGUGCCAAAAAAUGCAUGGAAAUAAUAUUGAAGUUUGGUGAAGAGAAUGGGUACAGCAGAGUAGCUCACAUCAACUUUGUAAACAACAGGAAAGUCAGCCCUCUCCACAUGGCUGUUCAAAGCGGUGACUUGGAAAUGAUUAAAAUGUGCCUGGACAAUGGUGCCCAGUUGGACCUGAUGGAGAAAGGGAAGUGCACUGCCCUUCAUUUUGCGGCCACCCAGGGAGCCACCGAGAUUGUUAAACUGAUGGUAUCAUCCUAUUCGGGCAGCCAGGAUAUUAUUAAUGCCGUGGAUGGAAAUCAGGAAACGCUGCUUCACAGAGCCUCAUUAUUUGAUCACCAUGAACUAGCAGACUACUUAAUUUCAAUGGGAGCAGAUAUUGAUAGCACGGAUUCUGAAGGACGUUCUCCACUUAUCUUAGCCACCGCUUCCGCUUCCUGGAAUAUUGUCAAUUUGCUUCUCUCUAAAGGUGCCCGUGUAGGCAUAAAAGAUCAUCUUGGACGUAAUUUUUUGCAUUUGACUGUACAACAACCGUACGGAUUAAAAAAUUUGCGACCUGAGUUUUUGCAGAUGCAACAUAUUAAAGAGCUGGUGAUGGAUGAAGACAAUGACGGGUGCACGCCUCUACACUACGCGUGUAGACAAGGGGUCCCCGUCUCUGUAAAUAACUUACUUGACUUCAAUGUGUCCAUUCAUUCCAAAAACAAAGAUAAGAAAUCACCCCUGCAUUUUGCAGCCAGCUAUGGGCGUAUCAAUACCUGUCAGAGGCUCUUACAAGACAUGAGUGACACGAGACUUUUGAAUGAAGGUGACCUUCACGGAAUGACUCCUUUGCACCUGGCUGCAAAAAAUGGGCAUGAUAAAGUGGUUCAACUUCUUCUGAAAAAAGGUGCAUUAUUUCUCAGUGACCACAAUGGCUGGACUGCUCUGCAUCAUGCCUCCUUGGGAGGGUACACUCAGACCAUGAAGGUCAUUCUUGACACUAACAUGAAGUGCACAGAUCGGCUAGAUGACGAAGGGAACACUGCGCUUCACUUUGCGGCAAGGGAGGGCCACGCCAAAGCUGUCGCCUUGCUCCUGAGCUACGACGCCAACAUCAUCCUGAACAAGCAGCGGGCCUCCUUCCUGCACGUGGCAAUUCACAAUAAGCGAAAGGAGGUGGUUCUCACCACCAUCCGGAACAAAAGAUGGGAAGAAUGUCUAAUGACGUUUAGUCAUUAUUCUCCAAGCAAUAGAUGUCCAGUCAUGGAAAUGGUAGAAUAUCUGCCUGAAUGCAUGAAAGUACUUUUAGAUUUCUGCAUGAUGCCCUCUACAGAAGACAAGUCCUCUCCAGACUACCACAUUGAGUAUAAUUUCAGAUAUCUUCAAUGUCCAUUAGAAUUCACCAAAAAAGUAGCACUUGUACAAGAUGUGACAUAUGAGCCUCUUUCAACCCUCAAUGCGAUGGUACAGCAUAACCGCAUAGAGCUUCUCAACCACCCUGUGUGUAAAGAAUAUUUACUUAUGAAAUGGUGGGCUUAUGGGUUUAGAGCCCAUGUCAUGAACUUGGGAUCAUACUGUCUUGGCCUCCUGCCUAUGACCUUUCUUGUGAUCAGUAUCCGACCAGGUAUGGCUUUCAACUCAACUGGAAUCAUCAAUGAAACUAGUGACCAUUCAGAAAUAUUAGACACCAAGAAUUCAUAUACUAUAAAUGUCUGUAUGAUUUUAGUUUUGUUAUCAAGUAUAUUUGGAUAUUGCAAAGAAGUGGCCCAGAUUUUCCAGCAGAAAAGGAAUUACUUUUUUGAUAAUAGCAAUGCACUUGAAUGGAUUAUCUACACAACAAGCAUCAUUUUUGUGUCACCCUUGUUCAUCAGCAUACCAGCUUAUGUGCAGUGGCAGUGUGGAGCGAUUGCUAUAUACCUCUAUUGGAUGAACUUCUUGUUGUAUCUUCAGAGAUUUGAAAAUUGUGGCAUUUUUAUCGUGAUGUUGGAGGUGAUCAUGAAAACUCUGUUGAAAUCGACAGUCGUGUUUGUCUUCCUUCUUGUGGCUUUUGGACUCAGCUUUUAUGUCCUCCUGAGCAUACAGGAUGCUUUCAGCUCGCCGUUGCUGUCUAUAAUGCAGACUUUCAGUAUGAUGUUAGGAGAUAUCAAUUAUCACGACGCCUUCCUAGACCCAUUUCUGAGGAAUGAAUUGGCGUAUCCAUUUCUGUCCUUUGCCCUACUUAUUACGUUCACCAUGUUCGUCCCCAUUGUCCUCAUGAAUUUACUCAUUGGUUUGGCAGUUGGUGACAUUGCUGAGGUUCAGAAGCAUGCGCUGUUGAAGAGGAUUGCCAUGCAGGUGGAACUUCAUACCAGCUUGGAGAAGAAGCUGCCACUCUGGUUCCUACACAAGGUCGAUCAGAAAUCCAUCACCGUGUAUCCCAACAGACCCAGAUAUAGUGGAGGGCUAUUACGUGGUGUACUUCACUAUAUCUUUUGCCCCCAAGAGACAAGACAAGAAAUACCAAAUGUUGAUACAUCUUUGGAAACAGAAAUAAUGAAGCAAAAAUACCGGCUGAAGGAUCUCAGUUCUCUUCUGGAAAAGCAGCAUGACCUUAUUAAACUCAUCAUUCAGAAGAUGGAAAUCAUCUCUGAGACAGAGGAUGAAGAUUACCAGAGUUCUUUUCAAGACAGGUUUAAGAAACAACAGUUAGAACAAAGGAAUAGCAAAUGGAAUUCUGUAUUGAGAGCAGUAAAGGCAAAAACACACUCCCCUUAGCAUGAGUUUUCCAAGCCUGCAACAGAGCUCCCUAUGGAGGGUUGUGUGUUUUACAGGGUCUAAAUUCCAACUGGGAAAGAGUGAGGAAAAGCAGAAAUUUGCAUGGUUCCUACAUUCUACAUAAGUAGACUCUCUUUCUGUCUCUCUCCAUAUUUUCUGCCAGUCACUCUGUACAGGGAAUAGCAUUGCUAAUAAAUUCAGGUUGGACUUUACCUUGCCUUAUUUGAAUGGGUAGAAAACCAAUUUGCUAGAACAUAUAUUUGCAGUGAUAAGGAGUAAUUCAUGUAAUAAUUAAGCUAGAAUACAAAUGUCAAUAUUGGAUUCCUGCUUAAUAAUUAUACUAUAGAGAAAGCAUUAGAAAAUCAAAUAUUGUACUAGGUCCUAUCCUGUGAUCUACUUUUUGUGUUAGAAGACUCUGUGUCUGGAACCCUGUGGGCUCUGUUCCUAGCAGAGUCCAUCCCCCACCUGCUUGCUGCUCCUAACACAGCUGAUUGUCACUCUGAGUUGAGACCCAAAUGAAUAGAUUUUAUGUUAUGCAUAAAUUUUACUAUAUGUGGUAUCUGUUAUUUCCAUAUUUUUUGGUCUCCCAAUGAUGAUAAUUAAUAAAAUCUAUAUAGUCACCUCCAUGA